CGCGCCACUCGCGUGUCUUUUCCUCAUCGUGAUGUCGGCCCACACCAUUCGUCCGGCGACGCCUUCGGAUGCCUCGAACGUCGGCGCGCUGUGGCACUCGGCGUACUACGACGACCCGGGCACGGCCAGCCUACCCGACGAGUUCCUCGCCGAGCGCAACCUCCGCGAGUUCACCCGGCGGGCGUCGGAGAAGGUGCCGCACAUGUUUGUGGCGAGCGAGGCCGGCGCUGCGGCGGACGCGCCGCUGGCUGGCUUUUGUGUCGCCUACCGGGAGCGUGCGGAGAUGGAGCAACUGUUUGUCGCGCGGCACGCCCGCGGCACUGGAGUCGCGGCGCGGCUGAUUGCCGCAGCCGAGCGCUCGCUGGCCGCCUCGCCGACGGCGGUCACCGCCUUCCUGGUCGCUUUUGCCGCCAACGCACGCGGCCGGCGCUUCUACGAAAAGUGCGGCUGGGCCUGCGCCGGACCUGUGGUUUGGCCGGUCGAGAUCUCAGGCGGCAAUACCUACCCGCUGUCGCUGGUGCGGUACGAGAAGCGGGUUGGGGAGGCGUCGCCACAGGAGGGAGGUGGAGCUGCCGGUCCGGAAGUCCCGCCAGCUGCGACGCAGCGGCCAACCUCGCAGGCGCGGCCCGAGGACAUGGAGGCGAGCACGCAGGCGUCGCGGUAGGCCGCCGCAGCUCUAGACAACCGCCAGGGCCCUCCCCACCGGCCCUGCGCCUCUGCGUAGUCGGUGGACGGCGACGGGCAGCUCGCUGGCUGGGCAGAGGCGGCCGGGGGCUGCAGCCGCUUCGACGCUCGGGCGGGCGUCUACGCUUGCAGCG